GCCAUCUGAUUUCCAUCAUACUAUGGAAAUGGACCUGAUUUAAUCUAGUCUGUAAUACCUGCCUUUUGCUGGUAGUUAAAGAGAAUCGCUUUUCCAAGGGAAACUCUUCAGCCAUUAACUAAAUUCAAAAUUUUCGAAAAGAAUCUCUGAACUUGUUUAUCAUCUUCCCAGUAAUGGGCUCUUACGGUACUUUUGAUACAUGUAGGAUAGAUUUAUAGUACUAAAUUUUUUUCCUCAUGAAUCCAUACUGUGACUAAGCUGAAUAGGUAGACUCCCAAAUUCCAUGACAAGACAGGUUUUGCAGGUUUUUGGGCUUUAAAAAAAAAUAAUUAAAAAUUGGCUGUGACUAUUUUUCUGAAUUCCCUCCAGAAGGGCCUGGUGAAGCGAUGAUUGUGUCAUACCUGUAUCAGAGACUUGGAUGUUUCCAGGAAUACUGAUAAUGCUGAGUGCUUUGUAGGUGUGAAUUCUAAAGCAAACAAAUGAGUGUCACACCUACUGAUUUCCUGAGCAGCUAACAUAAAAUAUCACAGUGAUCUUCCAGUUACAUCCCUCUUUCUUUCUGUCCACCUGCAGCUCUGAAGUAGGCUGACCUACAGAACAGGAAUUCCCAGUCAGAAACUGCAUCUUCAGCUGAGAAACUGGUCAUGACUUUGAAAAUCAGAGGAAACAUCAGAGCAGUCACUCAGCACAGAUGGGCACUGCUGUUAAGUUCUGCCCUGUCUUUCAGACCAUAGCACCCACUUCUGCAUUGGGGGACUUCUCCGAAAAAGAUGCCCUUGAAUUCUGAAAUCAAAUCUAAUGCUCCAAUUCAGAGAGAACUUCCCUAACCACAAAACUAUAGGCUAUUUUUGGGGUUACAUUACUUUCUGUCUUGCUCUGGAGCUGGAUUAAUUUCAAGAAUACAUGAGUUAUUGGGCCAGAAGGUCAUAUGCAGGAGAGAGCCUGCCUUGGUAGAUAUUUUAUGUUACACAGUAAUUGCAUACAAAGAAGAAAUACAGCUAAGGGCAGACAGUGAUCCUGGGUUUUCCCCUCCUAGUACAGUGCCCUGACCUCUGCAAAUAACAGAGCUGGAUCUUGGCAUUCUUGCCUCCUUGGCCAAAAGAAGGAUUUUUUAUACUCCUGGGUACCUGAUAGCUCAGCUCCAUCAUGCUGGGUUUGAUGAAUUUAUGAACUCAUACUUGAUGCUGAUUUCCUUAUCUCAAGGAGAAAAUCCUUGCCAUGUGAAAUGUAAGUGCAGCCAGGCCUUGUUGAGUAUCUCGUCUAAGGUUAAGUUAUUCUCAGCUCACGUGCUAGAAAAAAGGCGUGUGGGGGAACUGGCAGGAGCUGGCAACAAUGCUUGAAGAAGUUGAAAACUGUCACACAGGAGUCUCCACUGGCUCUGCCAUGGGAACCCCAGUGCAGCAGGAAUGGGGGGCCCAGGCUGGCAUUGGUGCAAGUUGUGGAGGCAUUGGACUUUUGAGGCAGUUCUUGCUUGCAUCGUCUCAGCCACAUGCUGUUCCAUUUUGUUACAUCUAAGUAGGGCAGAACUGCCCUGUUCUUGCCAAAAGCCAGAUUCUUCUCCAGUACGUUUUGUGUUUCUUCUCAUCCCGUUCUGUGUGCAGACAGAUAGCAUUCACCAUGUUGCUUUGCAUUCAAAUUGAGUUUGCCAAAAUGUUCUGAUUCUCUGGGAGUACUGAGGUCUCUCUUCUCUUUGCAUGUGAGCACCAUAAAUAUAUGGAGUCCUUGGCAAGUUGCUGGCACCAGGUGACCUUGUUUGCACCCUUACUUGCUUGAAUAGGGGAUUUGUGUGCCAGGGCUUAGAAAGGGGUGAUUUGCAGGCUAGUAAAGGGCAACCCUGUGAUUAGAAAUUCCACGAUCUGACAGAAUGCACAUUUGACCUGCUAGUGUAAGGUAGAUUAUUAUUCUAUUAUGUAAAUAUUUUAAGGCUCAAGUCUGAUAAGGAUCAAUGAGAGAAAUGAGUGGUGCGUUCCUACCUGUCUGUAGAAGUACUUGCUGACAUGUACUGCAGCGUUUGGUUUAUAACCUUACAAUAGCGGCUUUGAUUAAUAAUACUUUAUUAGUUAUAAACAUAGACUUACUGAGCAAAUCCUGCUUACUCUGUUGCAUGGCUCUCCAUGUCUACAUAAAACCAUUUCAGUAAUUAGAAAGUUACUAUAAUAUUUCUCUGUAUUGUAGAUUUUGAGUUCUCUGCUUUCCUGAAUUCCUACAUAAGAUUUCUACUUGACCCCCGUCCUUGACACAAAAGGGAAAUGUGUCUUUUCAACUUGCCUUUUAUGAUAAGAAAGGGUGGGUAUGGUAAGACAGGGCUUCACAGAACAUAAAGGUUGGAAAAAACCUGUAAAAUCAUCCCAAGAAAAGAGAAAGGUAUGGGGGAAAGGGUGCAUCUCUGCUUCUGAUGUGCUUCUGGACCUGAGCUAUGCCAGGAUCAGAGAAAUGAGACUGGAGAGGCAAUAUCCCUUGUGUUUCAAGAGAAGAGUAGAAGAGUAUGCCUGAGAAAUGUGGCAUAAGGCAUCUUGUGAAAAGCUCGUCUCUGUUGUUUUCUAGAAGAUGUAGGCUUGUAACUGUGUUUUUUUUCCUCUCCUUUCUGUAUAAAACACAAACUAGUGGGGAUCAGUUGUUUUAUCUACUACUGAAAUGCAGCCAUCAGUGCAGAAUAACAUGAGAACAGUUUGAAAGGAGGCAUGGAACACUAUAUUCAACUGAAACUAAUUACCUGAUUAGGUUUUGGCCUGCAUGUGUGGGUUGACAUCCAAUGGACUUGGCGACAAUUCUUGCCAGCAAAGCCAAGUGUAGUCUUGCUUCAUUUAAAGACUUUGGACAAAAGUUCUGGACUUGCAUGCUGAAUGCUAAGCAGUGUGAAAAUAGGCCACUGAUUUAAAGUACCCAUGGCUACAGUGGGUGUCAGUGGGCAGAUGGCAUGGUUGCAGAUGAAUGAGCUUUUUUGGAACUUUAGAAAUACUUGUUUCCAUUUAAAGGUGGUUCUGUUUCAAGCACACAAUCUGAUGAAAUUUAACGCUGCAUCGGAACAUCCUCUGUUCACAGCUAUUGUAUUAGCACUUUCCUUUUCUUCAGCACUUCAAAAUUCUCCCCUUAGAAACUUAGUCAAGUCUGGCAUUGGGAUUUUAUAGACUUAGAAAAUAACCUAAGGGGAUGUUAUCUCACCUAGUCUGCUACAGUAGUUCCUCCUCUUUAUCUCCACAGGAGUUAAAUACAUUAGGCCUGCUUUAUUAGGUGAGAAGCAUUUGUUAACACCGUUGUUGUCUUCUUUUGCACCUUUACUGCAAACACUUUUUUUAUCUCUUGGUGUCCUUGUUUGGAAAAUGGUACGUUUUCCAGACAGGAGUACCUAUGCAACAUGUGAAGUGUCUAUAGUGUUAGACAUUAUACUUACCAGUCUGAUGGUAGUUUUUUGUCUAGGCACCUUUUUAAAGUAAAAAAAAAUAAAAUCAUUUCUUGGUUUGAAGCUUUACUGUGAAGAGAGGAAUGAGUGUUUCAUCUGUAUGCUAUUAAAAAAUUAUCCAUUAAGAACAAAGGGGAGCAGAGUACUUUUAGAAAGACUUGGAAAUGUACUUACCUCCAAAUGGGAAGCUUCUGUGCUGCACCCAGUUCUGGCACUGUAGAGACCCUCUGUUCUUCUUUCCCAGGGAGAAUGAUAUGAAAUGAACUGUCAAAUCAGUUGUAGCAGUUCACUGGUGAGCAUUGACUUCAUGAGGAGAUUUAGUACAUUACUGUGAUAUUCUGGAAGUGCUUUGAGACACAUUACUAAAAUGAAUUGGACAAGAGCUAGUAAGAGAUGCUCCACAGAACAAGAAUACCUAAUAGAAAACCGCAGGAAAAAAUAUUUUUGCCAACUGGCUGACUAUUUCAACUUAGCAACCAGAUCAUGCUCUACCCUAUUCCUUAACAUCUAAAAUAAAUAUUGAAUCCUCUCAUGUUUACAGACCUUCUUAACCCAUUUGCCCAAGAGGCGUUGCAGUUGUGAAGUCCUCGAAAUUGUGUUUAAGCAUUUCCUUUUACUGCAAAAAUAAAUCCAUCAAAUUUUUGGCCUCCCACAAAGACAACAAAUACAAGCCUGAUGAUUUGGAAAUUUGCCUUGUCCGUUUUUCUGAUGGCAACGCUGGUUCGAGUAACAGACACCAGGAAAAACCGCCCUGCAGGUGCCAUUCCCUCUCCGUACAAAGGCAGCAGCAGCAACCACUCGGAGCGUAGGCAUCAACUGAACAAGGAGGUGUUGGCCUCCAGUCAGGAGGCCUUGGUGGUCACCGAGAGGAAGUACCUCAAGAGCGACUGGUGCAAGACGCAGCCCCUGCGGCAGACUGUCAGUGAGGAGGGCUGCAUCAGCCGCACCAUCAUCAACCGCUUCUGCUAUGGGCAGUGCAACUCCUUCUACAUCCCACGGCAUGUGAAAAAGGAGGAGGAGUCUUUUCAGUCCUGUGCUUUCUGCAAGCCACACAAGGUCACCUCUUCGACCGUGCAGCUGGAGUGCCCUGAGCUGGACCCACCAUUCCGACUCAAGAAAAUUCAGAAGGUCAAGCAGUGCCGAUGCAUGUCUGUGAAUCUGAACUCAGGCAAACUGUGAGAGCAGGCAUAUAGCUGCUGCUUGUUGUUGCCUCUGUCAGAUUUAUGCUGUCUCUCCCACUGAGCAGACUGUCCAUUUUGUUGGUUUGUUUCUUCUUUUCCUUUUUUUUUUUGUGUUUUGUUUUCUUUCAGGAGGCAACUCUCCAGCAAGGAAAGGCUCCUUGACACUUGCCUACUGGAAUAAUGCUUUUUAAUGGGCUGUGUUAGGCACUUCACCGUAAAGUUUCAUUGUAUUUUUAAUAUCAUCUGGCAGUUGAAUCUUCUGGCAUGGAGCAGGCUUCCAGAAGUUGGGAUUGAUGAUCUAAGUGACCAGUUGGCUGAAUCCAGCAUUAAAUGUUUCCACUGUGUGGAGUAAAGCCCUCUGCCCUACACUCCAGUUCCCUCCACAUGUUGAGAACACCUUCCCUGUGCUUUGGUCUGGAGCUUCUUUCUCUCACCUGGAAGUGCUGGGGUUCUGCCCAGGACUGGGGGACACAGGUGAGGGAGAGUAACAAGGAGCAAUGUGUGAAAAGCGAGACUUUCCAAUGAAACUUAGCUUCUUAAGACGACUUCAAUUGUGCAAUGACAAAUGGUUCUGGGCUUGUUGUCUGAACAGCAGAUCAGAAGCAAGGAGAAGAGGGCGAGGCACUGGGUCAGCCACAGUGACCACAGAGCAGACUGAGGGUGGGUUCUGAUGCUGUUGUGGUUAGAGUAUAUUGAACACAUGGUCUCUGCAGCAGUGUUUAUUUUGUAACCUAGCUAUAGUAAACAGCUGUUUAAAGUAUUAUAGACCUAGCCAUGUAUAUUUUCCUUGUGGCAGAAUAUGCCAGAGAUUAAAAUAUGUUAAGAGACUCGGUUGCUAGGUCAGCUGCCUGGCUUAAAAUGAACAUGGUUUUACUAGGCUUUCUGUAGGUUUUUGUAUGUUAGAUAUGUGUGUGAGUUUCUUACUCCAAAAAGGACAACAUCCAUUUACAACAUUAUAUUUAUGCCUGCACAGACUGGGGAAGGUGGGAGGAUAGUGAGAAAGGAGCUGAGAACACUUAAGGGAGUGAUGUUUCCCUUAAGGUAUAAAAGCACUGUCACACAAGGACAAAGGACAAAAUUUGGUCAUUGCUGAAUUGAAUACAAAAGCUAUGUAAGUGUCAUUGAGUUUUGGGAGUGGUGUCUCUCUCAUGAUUGGAAACCAUGAUAAUGUGUUAGCAUUAAAGGACAAACCCAUCAGUCAGUGCCACUGGAAUGGGUCACAGCUGUGGGAGCAGGGAUAGAGGAGGUUGUGAUUGCUGCAUUAUUGGUGGUGCACUAAGUUUUUGAGACCUGCACAAUCAGUGUUGGUGAAUGCUUGCAGUUCAUUUUAAAUCAUACUAUGUUGUUAUUUAGUUGAUGGAGUUUAUUAUGUCCUGUAUAUCCCAUUUGUUGCAGUUCUCAUCUGUAUUAGUCCCAGCUGCAUUAAAAUCCUGUCUCAAACCGGCCCCUUCCCCCAAACCAAAGCCCAUGCGCUCUCAUUUGUCUGAAGCUUACAAAUUAAAAAGGACACACUGCCUCCCUGAUGCAUGUCUCACAGUUCAGCAUCUGCAUAUAGUGAAACCAACCUGCUGUGGGAACCCCUCCCCGCCAGCUUCUUUGCAUGCAGCCGCUUCAAGGAGUUAAUAUGUUCAGCACUGUCGCCAGCCAGAGCUUCAGAGCCCCAGGUCUCCACUAUGUGACAGGCCUCUCUAAGAGGCUUUCAGGGCUGAUCUCUGCAAGAGCUCACCAAGCGGUUUACAGGGACUGGCAUGGGCAGGAUGAGAUUGGUCGAGUCUAUUAGCCCUGUUACAUGAACAGACGUUGCUUUUCUGCUGUGAUCUCUCAAAGUGUCAGAAGUGCACAGGGAGACUCCUCACACAGGGAAUGCUUUAGGGGUUGUAACUGCUGUGCUGUGGCAUCCUGCCAGCCCCUGGAUGGGCACCAUUCCGUCUAGGCUUGAGAGAGCUGGUGUGGGUGAGGUGCAGAGGGGGAAGGUGGCAGUACGGUCUACUAAGACUUCAGGGAUCCCAGUCUCCACUUGAAAGGAACAAACUGAAAGUCACACAUUUUGGACUAGAGAGAGAAAAGCACCCUAGUACAUUCAGUUAAGAAAAACAUGCAAGAAUCUUUACCUUUAAGCUAUGCCCCGCCUGGGUUUUUCACCAGUUUGCAAUAUGAAUAUGCUGCAGCUUAAAGCUCCUUCUAGGAGCUGUGUUUAUGUAAAAACUGACUUGAGCUUGUAAUGGUUAAAACUGUAUUUAAUUCUUGUUUUAUAAAUGAAAACAAAAAAUGAAGAAAUGCUUUAAGUAUAAUGUAAUUAUUUUAUAGGUCAACUAUUAAAUUAUAGAUUAAAUAAUAAAGCUACUCUAGGGUUAUAUGGCAUCCAGGUGUUUUGCUUCAACAGCUUGUGUCCAACUGCUCUCUAAUCAGUAUAUGCUCCAUCUUCCUUUUCAACCUCCCAAAUACAGGUGAAUGAUGGCUCACUCUGAUAGCUUGGGAAAACCUAACUACUUCUCCCCUUGUCCCUAACAAAAGUACCUGCAAGACAAGAAGGAAAAAUGAAAUGCACUAGUCUUAGAUUCUGGAGUUGAUUUUGCAUGCACAAAUUCUGUUUUUUUUGGUUAAAUGACAAGACAAGCAAAACUCCACCACUGGCUGAAACACCAGCAUCAUUUGUGGUAAGAGAUAUAACUGUUACCCUGACCUAAGUGGUUUUGCUUAAAGUAUAUAUAGAUCCUUACAUAACAGGCACCAUACUACUCAUAAGGAAAAAAAAAAAAGGUAUAUCUUAAGAUAUAGGUGAGCUUUAAUGGUUGCUGUUGGCUCUUGAAUGGGUACACUGUAUGUCACUCCAAAUAUAGGGAAGUGUUUUGGGGUUUUUUCAUUUCCAACCCAGAGAAAAUGCAGUUUCUCAAAGGAAAAUUUUUGUGAUGAAAGGGAGUAGUCACAUGGAUGAAUGAGCCUCCAUGUGACCAGAAGAGAUGCCUGUCAUGGGUCUUGAAAGAAGCAGGAGCACCUGCACUAUAACUAGCAAGGGAGGGCUAUGUCCUUUAUGGCACUUCUGACACCUGCAGAAGCCCUUUACUCUCUUUCCUUGCCCAUCUCUUGCCCAAAUCCUCUCACAGUUCAGUGAAUCAAUGUGUUUGGAGCCUUUUUUUUUUUUUUCAUAGCUGUUGCUUUUGAGAAAUUAGUGGUUUGCUUUGUGUUAGCUACCAAAGUGUGGUCAGGGUGCCCUGCUCAGAACUUGUGCCUCAGUUGGCUUAAAGGGAGCUCAGUAGUAACCUCAUCUAAUUUCCAGCUGUCUCUUGGCCAGUCUUCUGCUUUGCAGGUCGCUUCACUGCCCAGCAUCCACCUGAACCUCUACUGUCUGAGGCACAGCCUAGACUCCAGCUCCAGUUUUUUAAAACUCUUGCUGCCUGACUGUUGAACCAUCAUACCAGAGACAUAUGUUGUUAUCCAAAAAUCUCCCCCUUGUGGAAGCAAUCUCAAGAGCAAGGCAAAUCUCUCUGAGUAGAUGAAAAAAGCCUUAGGUCAGUGGAGUUUUUUUAAGUGGAGUGCUGCUACAGGACAGGAGAAGGAGGAGGACAGUGAAUGUUUAGCUCUACCACCAUGGAACUGUCAUGCUGGCAGGGCCCCGAUUUAGGGUGAGUGGCAAAUGACCUUUUUAAGAGCUUAAAUUUGAGCUGUGGUUGGGAAGCAGAGAAAACAGUGCUGACUCAAUAGGGACCCUUUAUCUUCAGAAAUAUGUUACUUUACGUUACUUUUUUUAGGCAAUGGACUUACCAUUGGAUGCUUUUACAAGUCGGUUGGAUGAGUGUCAGGUACAGGUACAGCACAGAUGGAUCUGUCAUAAGCAAGAGAAUGACUUGGAAAACCUAUUCUGUAAUGAGAAUCAUAUUAGUGGGUGGCAGACCUGAAUGGUGUGGGUCACAGUUUUCUCUCUCCUCCCUUUGCUGACCUGUUCGCACCAUCUUCGGAAAAACUCAACUUCAUCAGUUUUUGCUUACUCUUCCCAUAGCAGUUUAAAAUUGGUGUAACUCAAGUAACUAACAGAUUUGUCACAAACUCAGCUUUCCUUUUAACCUAGAGUCUGCAAAAACUGCAAAGACUUGCUAUAUCUUCUCUCAAUGAAAUUAAUAAUUGCUUCCAACUUCUUAAGCCGAUCACUGAAAAACUGGGCAAGAAAAAAGUCAGUCUGUGGAAGAUGCCUCUAAUUGUAUUCCCGUUCCCACCGUUGGAUAAUACUUAACUAAGUUUUGAAAGUGUUUCGGGAUGAUGAAAGGUACUACAAAAAAAGCUAACCACUACUGUGUCAUGAUGUGACAAAGUAUCAUGCUUCUGAAAGGCUUUAAUUUGCAAGCAAAACAACAUGAAUCCUCUUAGCUCCUCAUAAAAAACCAGAUUGUUAUUGUCAGCAAGUCACACCUGCUGCUCAGGUAUGAAAGUCCUUCUUUUGCUGCUGCAUUUGUUUAAGUAACAGUGACCAAUAUGUGGUCUUGGUGAUCAAUAAAAGCUCAGAAUUUUGUCUGUGAGAACUCUCGUUGGAUUACAGCCAACUCAAAGUGUAGUGGGGUUAAUGCUGCAGUAAAUGGGGGGAUUGCAGUAAACAUGGGGUAUCCGACCUCUUUAGAACACACUCAAACAAGCAAACAAAAGAACAUUAGUCCAGAAUUCUAAAAAGUUGAGUGUGCCACUAAAAAAAAAAGAGUGGAAGUGAAACUUGUGCUGGUGGUGUGCAUUGGAUGUUCCGUGGGUCAACUGUGGUGCUGAACAUAGUGGGCUACUUUGCAUGGAAGCUUGAAUAGGCUGGAGAGAAGCUAUAUAAAAGAGAAAGAAGUUCAACCAAAUAGAUUGGGCCUGAGUAACAUCAAAGAGAAAAAUCUAUGUAGCAGCACGCAUUUUAGGAUCAUAACAUGGUCCUAUGAGCUACAGUCAGCCUUUGACACUGUUCUUCAGAGACUGAGGUUUGCAAAUAUCUUCUAACAUCUGUGCUGGAGAUCCAGUGAAAAGUGUAUGUAUGUAUGUAUGUGACCAUCCUACCAGGUUGCUGGAUAACGCACAUAUAUAAAAAGGCAUUAUAAUAUGUGGAUAUAACUUUUCAAUGCAUGUUUUUGCCCUAAUAAGAAUUUCUUGAGACUGUUA